GAGGAGAGUCUUUGUGUGUGUGUGUGUGUGUGUGUGUGUGUGUGUGUGUGUGUUUUCCUUUUCCUUCCUUCACUCUUAGGACGGGCCCGAUCUUCUGGAUCUUCUCUCCAGCAGCCCAGCACGAGCUAGUCUCCAAGGUGCAAUCUGGCUAAGCAGUCGGGGGACCGUGUCAAGUCUGAAUGACAAUGAGCAGCCGGGAAGGCUCGGUCAGCUGACUAAUCAGGGAGAGUGGGGUUUUUGCAGCGCUGCCACGGUGGUAAUGGAAGCAGCUCCGGGAGCUUUGUUUGAUAGAGAUUUUUGGCUGCCGCUUUUAGAUACGACCCAAGAAGCAGCUCGUAUUUCAUCAAUGUCGCGUUGACAAUUGGAAAAGAAGAGUGUUCUUGUGUAUAGGCGAGAUGGCAGAGGCAACUCCCCCGAGAGGCAAGAUGAGGUUCAGGAGGAAUGCGGUUUCCUUUCCUGGGAAUUUGCACCUAGUUUUGGUUCUGCGUCCUACCAGUUUUCUUCAACGAACUUUCACAGACAUUGGAUUUCGAUUUAGCCAGGAAGACUUCAUGCUCAAAUUACCAGUGGUUAUGCUGAGCUCAGUUAGUGAUUUGCUGACAUACAUUGAUGACAAGCAAUUAACCCCUGAGUUAGGCGGCACCUUGCAGUACUGCCACAGUGAAUGGAUCAUCUUCAGAAAUGCUAUAGAAAAUUUUGCUCUCACAGUGAAAGAAAUGGCUCAGAUGUUACAGUCCUUUGGAACUGAACUGGCUGAGACAGAACUACCAGAUGAUAUUCCCUCAAUAGAAGAAAUUCUUGCCAUUCGUGCUGAAAGGUAUCACAUGUUAAAGAAUGAUAUUACAGCUGUAACCAAAGAAGGAAAAAUCCUCCUCACAAGUCUGGAAGUGCCUGGCAUUGAAGACGCUGCCAGUUCAAGGCUUGAACACCACCACCAAAUAAAUGGUGACUGGCAAACUGUUAAUAAAUUGCUGACUCAAGUACAUGAUAUGGAGAUAGCUUUUGAUGGAUUUUGGGAAAAACACCAACUAAAAAUGGAGCAGUAUUUGCAACUAUGGAAGUUUGAGCAGGAUUUUCAAGAGCUUGUGAGUGAAGUCGAACUUAUGUUAAACCAACAAGCAGAAUUGGCAGAUAUAACCGGGAACAUAGGUCAAGUAAAACAAAAAAUAAAAAAGUUGGAAAACUUAGAUGAAAAUUCUCAGGAUCUGUUAGCAAAGGCCCGGUUUGUGAUAUUACACGGACACAGACUUGCUGCAAAUCACCAUUACGCACUUGAUUUGAUCUGCCAGAGGUGCAAUGAGCUACGUUACCUUUCUGAUAUUUUGGUUAAUGAGAUCAAAGCCAAAAGGAUACAGCUCAGCAGGAUCUUCAAAAUGCAUAAGCUGCUGCAGCAGGCUCGUCAGUGCUGUGAUGAAGGAGAAUGCCUUCUAGCUAAUCAGGAAAUAGAUAAGUUUCAGUCUAAAGAAGAUGCUCAGAAAGCCCUCCGAGACAUUGAAAAUUUUCUUGAAAUGGCUUUGCCAUUUAUAAAUUAUGAUCCUGAUACCCUACAGUAUGAAUUUGAUGUAAUUUUAUCUCCUGAACUCAAGGUUCAAAUGCAGACCGUACAACUCAAGCUGGAGCACAUCCGAAGUGUAUUUGAGAACCAACAAGCUGGUUUCAGGAACCUGACAGAUAAGCACGUGAAGCCAGUCCAGUUUGUAGUGCCUGCUUCCGACAAUUUGAUCAGAUCUAGAACAUCACUGUUUUCACCUAAACAUGUGGGAGUUGGAUACUCUUUCUUUCAAGCAUGUAAACUUUUUUCCAGAGGAAAGAAGACUUGGAGACAAAAUCAGAGCAACUUAAAAAUUGAAGUGGUGCAUGAUUGUCGGGAGAAGAGAAGUUCUGGUCAAUCCUCCAGUUUGGACAAUGACAAUAGCUUGGAUGUUUUACAGAACCAUGUCCUGAAUGAGCUGAUACAGACAGAGAGGGUGUAUGUUCGUGAGCUGUUUACUGUUUUGUUGGGCUAUAGAGCCGAGAUGGAUAAUCCUGAGAUGUUUGAUCUUAUGCCACCUCUUCUGAGAAAUAAAAAAGAUAUUCUCUUUGGAAAUAUGGCAGAAAUAUAUGAAUUCCAUAACAACAUUUUCUUGAACAGUCUGGAAGAUUGCGUUGACGCUCCAGAAAGAGUGGGACCUUGUUUCCUGGAAAGGAAAGAUAAUUUUCAGAUGUAUGCAAAAUACUGUCAGAAUAAACCCAGAUCAGAGGCAAUUUGGAAGAAGUAUUCAGAAUGCGCCUUUUUCCAGGAAUGUCAAAGAAAAUUAAAGCACAGACUUGGUCUGGAUUCGUAUUUACUCAAACCCGUGCAGCGAAUCACUAAAUAUCAGUUACUGUUAAAGGAGCUACUGAAAUAUAGCAAAGGCUGCCCUGGGUUUGAACAAUUAAAGGAAGCGCUUGACACAAUGCUGGAUUUACUGAAGUCGGUUAAUGACUCUAUGCAUCAGAUUGCAAUAAAUGGCUAUAUUGGAAACUUAAAUGAACUGGGCAAGAUGGUAAUGCAGGGUGCUUUCAGUGUUUGGAUUGGACACAAGAAAGGUGCUACAAAAAUGAAGGAUUUUGCUAGAUUCAAACCAAUGCAGCGGCAUCUCUUCCUGUACGAAAAAGCCAUUGUUUUCUGUAAGAGGCGUGUUGAAAGUGGAGAAGGCUCUGAUAGAUACCCGUCAUACAGUUUUAAGCACUGUUUGAAAAUGGAUGAAGUUGGCAUCACCGAAUAUGUAAAAGGAGAUAAUCGCAAAUUUGAAAUCUGGUAUGCUGGCAAGGAAGAAGUUUAUAUUGUCCAGGCUCCGAACGUAGAUGUGAAGAUGACAUGGUUAAAAGAAAUAAGAAGUAUUUUGUUGAAGCAACAGGAACUUAUGACAGUUAAAAAACGAAAGCAGCAUAAUCCCUUAAUGGAACAGGAUCAGCUUUCUUCUCAGCAGAAUGAUGAGAGGCAGCAUGGAUCUUUUAUGGGUGCAGAAGAAACUGAAUCGGAACACAGUGGCACUAUGGUGGAGGUCCGGGAGGCAAUUGCAUCGGUUCAGGCUGAAGCCAAUACAGUCUGGGCGCAGAUGUCAUCACCUGCAGAGAUCUCUGAAGACCCCGAGGAAUGGCCCAGCAGCUAUUUCUAUGCUUCUUAUGAUGACAAUGAAGAAGAAGAAAGGCCCCUAAUGUCUCCAGGCAAAUACAAAGCCCUAGCAGAUUGUAGGAAGAGAGGCCCAGAAGACCUCCUGAUUAGAAAUGGAGAUGUCAUUCAAUUUCUCCAUGAAGAUGCUGAAGGUCAAUGGUUGGUGAAAAAUCUAAACAGAAGAAAAGAAGGUCUGAUUCCAGGGAACACUUCGCAGAUUUUAAUUGGUGACUAUAGGUUUCGGAAUGCUAAAGUUACAGGUCUCCAAGAUUCAAAACUGAAAACACCAAGUGUAUUCAUCUAACUUCUAGAUAAUAUAGGAAGACUCGAUGCUGCUCUGAGUAACACAAGGAAACUAAGUUCCCCUUGAAUUAAAGGAGAAUGAAUAGACUUUUAAAAAUAAAAUUUCCUUUGGAGGUGUGAACUAGAUUAUAUUUCUUAAAAGUGUUACAGAUAAACAGCACAAGAGUCAGGAUGAUCUAUGCUGCCCAUGACACUCACAGAAUUUCCUCAGGACUGAGGAGGACUUCGUCAUUCACAGUUUGUCUCAUUCUUUCAAGAUCCACCUUCACACCUUCUGUUCCCCUCAGGUGAAAAGUGCAGUGUUAACUUUGUUUCCCGUUUCCCAGUAGGGUUUUUCAUGGCAUGCAUUCAGAUUCCAACUCAAAACCAGAAAUCAAUUAUUUUGAACAUUUACAGGUAAAAAGCUUUACCUGUGAUAUUUUUGCAUGACUUUUCACUAACAAAACAAAAGAAAAAUCCAAAGAGAGAAAAGAGAUAAUCAGAGAUUUUUAAACCCUUUGUUGGUUGAUAGUUUCUUCUAUUAUAUACUUCUGUUAUCUACGGGACUAUAAUGUACCAAAGGGAUAUAUGUUCUGAAGGACCUCUUUUGCACUUUGACUGGUAUUUAGGGUUUUCAGAGCUGUUUAUGGUUCUGGAAAGAUCCAAAGCCAAAAAUCCUGUAGUUAGGAUGUGUUGAAGUUUACAUUUUAUGCAUCGAAAUUUAGAUACACCUAUCACAGCUUUAAGUUAAAUAUUCAUAUUUACACAAGAGGUGUUCCUGUAACAAAGCUCUACUUUCCGGUGUCUUGAGUUGCUUUUGCCUUUUCUAGAAAAACCUAUUCUGGCAGAGGUGUUUUUAAGUUAUAUUGUGUCUCUUCCUAGGGUUUUUCUUUGAUAAUACGUGUAUAGAUGUCUUUCCUUUAAGUAUGUAAAAAGUGUGAUCACUUGUUUUAAAGCACAGGACAAGUUGUUGCAUGCAGCGUUGAAUUUAUGCUUGGAGUAUUUUAUAUUAUGGACCACUGAAGACAAUGGUUUGAAAUUGCUGCCUUUUGAAUCAUGGAUUGUGAGUUUUACUGUCAAGUUGGCAUAUUAGGCGCAUGUCUUUUGAUUAUUGGUUUUAAAAUAAACAACACUAUAUUAUACAUAAAUUUAUCUUUUAAAUGGGUUUGUGUCUCAUGUCAAGAUCAUAGUUUAUGCCAGUGGUAUCAUUUGAUGUAACAGUUUGUAUGGCAAACUAAUUGUAUUUUAUCCAAUGGUACCUGCAAAUUAUAACUCUUCUUAUGUCCAAUUUGCUGAAUUUAUGAUGGUUGAUUUAUAACUCACUCAUGAAAAUGUCCAUAUAUUUGAUAGUUCACUUAAUGCUUCUAUGACAACAACAACAACAAAAUGGCAUUAAAGAACAUUUUCUUUUGCGUGCUGAUCCUGUGGUUAGAAGACAGAAUUAGGAGAUAAAAUGUUUGAUUGAUGAUGCCCCUCUGCACAAAAUGUUUCAAUUUUAUGAUAUCAAACUAGAGAUUUUAAUCCUUUAAGCCAAUACUGAGUUCUAUGGAUUCAAACAUACAGUUAUAGUCUUUUAAUGUCUUAAUCACUGUACAAUGAAUGCUACAUUUGUAUAUGUAUUUGUAUAUGGAACCGCACUGUAUUAAUUUUAUUGGGCUAUAAAUGUGUGUUACUAUAAAACAUAGCAGCAAUUUCCUUUUAUGUCUUCAAAAUUUAAUUACGUUGUAAAUGUACUUACAAUGUAAAUGUACUUGUGUUAAUUCCACAUUAAAAAUA